AUGUCAGUUUUGCGUCCCCCGAGAGAGGGUAUCACUCUGGAAUACCUCUUCAGACCCGUUCACCAUGUUUUAUUGCAGCCAUUGGUACCUGCAUCCCUACUUCUGCUACACCUGAAAUACGCCAGGGUCUUUCAGAGGGCUCUUUCGUUCAUUGGAACAAGUGUCGUUCAAUCCAAAUUCAUCAACCGAGUGCUCGUGGGACUGCUCACGUUUGGCAUCUUGGAUAAACUGAACUCAUACCUCAGCCGGCAAGUGCCCAACAACUUCGUGAGAGACAAGUCAUGGGACUGGCAUCGCGAGAUCGUUCUGAUCACUGGGGCCGAGGAGGAGCUCCAGCGCACCUUUGAUGUCAAUAUUCUUGCCCAUUUCAAAAUGGUCAAGGAGUUCUUGCCGGAUAUGAUUCGGAAAAACCAUGGCCAUGUGGUCACGAUUGCGAGCAUGUCCAGCUUUGCCACAUGGGCUGGCAUUACCAGCUACGCUGCGACCAAAGCAGCAGCACUUGCGUUCCAUGAGGCAUUGGCGCAAGAGCUGAGAGCAAGAUAUCGUGCUGACAAAGUCCGCACAACGAUCGUACAUCCCGUGUGGGUGCGGACCCCCCUUUCCCACGGCUUGGUCAAGAAAAUGGCAUCCAACCAAUUUCUGCUAGAACCCGGCACGGUGGCAGAAGCAGUUGUCUCGCAGGUGCUUAAGUGUGAGGGCAACCAGCUUAUACUGCCAGCCCGGUUGAACUUUGUGCCAUUCAUGAGAGGUUGGCCGAGCUGGUUGCAAGAAAAUGCCCGGAGUGAUGGUGCACAAGUCGUCCAGAGUCACAACUGA